AUGGGGCUGAUUCUGUCAGGAAACCUGAUAGUCAGCGAGGAGCCUUCUGCCUCUCUGUCCACUGUUACUGCUGCUCUGUUUCUUCUCACCCUGAUCCUGGUGGUCAUCAGGAUCCAACUGAGCCAGCAGGACUCCCAGUUGGACCACACAAAGUUCCCCGCUCCUCCGGGCCCCACACCCUGGCCCCUUGUGGGCAAUCUGCUCCAGAUGGGGGACCAGAUGCAUCUUUCCAUGACUCGCUUUGGCCUCCAGUAUGGUGAUGUUUUCCAGCUGCGUUUGGGCUCAUUGAGGGUUGUUGUUCUCAGUGGGUUCACCACCAUCAGGCAGGCGCUGGUUCGGCAAGGGGAGGAUUUUGCUGGACGACCUGAACUUUUUACCUUUUCUGCUGUAGCUGAUGGGAACAGCAUGACCUUCAGCGAGAAGUAUGGCCCUGCGUGGUUGCUCCAUAAGAAGCUGUGUAAAAAUGCCCUCAGGUCCCUUUCUCAGGCUGAGCCGAGGGGGUCCGGGGCCACCUGCCUCCUGGAGGAGCAUAUUUGCGCUGAGGCCACUGAGAUGGUGGAGGUGAUUCAGAAACAAGCUGCUGAAGACUCUGAUAUGAUGGGCAUAGAUCCAUCAAUGUCCUUGGUGACCUGUGUGGCAAAUGUUGUGUGCGCCUUAUGUUUUGGGAGAAGAUACGACCACAAUGACAAGGAGUUCCUCACCAUUGUCAACAUCAACAACGAGGUUCUGAAACUCUUUGCUGCAGGGAACUUGGCUGAUUUCUUCCCCAUGUUCCGCUACUUUCCAAGUCCAUCUCUAAGAAAACUGGUCCAAUACAUUCACCGGAUGAAUGGAUUUAUGGAGCGGAGGAUUGAGGAACACAUCAACACAUUUGAUAAGAACUACAUCCGAGACAUCACAGAUGCUCUGAUUGAACUUUGUGAAGACAGAGAAGAGAACAAGCAAACGUCUCUGCUGUCCAACUCUCAGAUCAUCCACACCGUCAUAGACAUCUUCGGUGCAGGUUUUGACACCAUCUUUGAUGGUUUGCAGUGGAGUCUGUUGUACCUCAUCAAGUUUCCUGACGUCCAGGAGAAAAUACACCAGGAGAUAGAUGACCACAUUGGCUCAGCCAGACUGCCCAGGUUUUCAGAUAAGCCUAAAAUGCCGUUCACUGAAGCUUUCAUUCACGAGGUGUUUCGUCACUCUUCAUACGUUCCUUUCACCAUACCCCACAGCACCACCAGAGACACCAUCCUAAAUGGAUAUUUCAUCCCCAAGGAUACGUGUGUUUUCAUUAAUCAGCAUCAAGUCAAUCAUGACGUUCAUCUUUGGGGUGAUCCGGGGAAGUUUCAUCCCGACCGCUUCUUGGAUGCGUCUGGACAGCUGAACAAGGAUCGGACAGAGAAGGUCCUCAUCUUUGGCGUGGGGAAGAGGCGGUGUGUUGGGGAUGGAUUUGCACGUUUGGAGAUGUUUGUCUUUCUCACUACGCUGCUUCAUGGGCUGAAGAUCAAAAACGUUCCUGGACAGAAGCUGGAUCUUGGUGCUGACUUUGGUCUGACUAUGAAACCACAUCCAUACAGGAUUACAAUCUCCUCCAGAUUUUAG